AGACGUAUAUUUAAUGGGAUAUUAAAACAAGUAUAUGAUAUAAUUACAAUAUGGAAUAUCCUCAAGUAUAAAUGUGAUGAUUACUCAUAAUAAUAAUAAUAAUAAUAAUUAACUUGUUAAAGUUGAAUAGUUAUGCACAACGUGUUAUUAAGGUAUCAUUUAUUGUAUCAUUUGUGUUGUAUAUAUACACUGCUUCUUUUCACAUGUAUGUGUGAAAAUGUAGAAAUUCUUAUUCGAACAGGAAAAGUAUUCGAGAUUAUGUUGCCAGUAAAUAAGACAAAUCAUAUUUCAUGGAAUCUUCCACAGUGUCUUCAUUUAAUAUCUAAAACGGAUUCACAUACAAAUCAUAGUGAGUUUGCUGGUAUAACUUUACGUGGAUUCUGCUUUGAAUGCGAUGUAAUAGACGAGAAUGAUAGAUUGUUAUCUGGAGGAGUCCAAAACUUAUCAAAUUAUUAUGUGUUAGCUACUUCAAAUAACCACACAAAUCUAACAUAUACCAUUUACUUGAUUAAUCAGAAAGUAGACAAUCAGUUAACGCUUAAAAUUAAUACAAAUUCAAAAAAUAUGUCAUUACAUCAUGCAUUAUUAACUUAUGAGAACCAUUCCUGGAGAAAGUGUUAUAGACAAGCACCAACCAUCUUAUUACUUACAUUCCAUAUCAAAAUUUGUCUUCUCAAUUAUUAUGAACGUAUGGCAUUCAAAAGAAUAGUUGGAAUGUUUACUAAUCUUACACAGUUAUCAUUAAUAGACAAUUUGUCAGUUGUACACACAAAUACUCAUUAUAAUUAUGAUACUGUUGAAAUGAAUAUGCAAAAUGAGAAUUAUUUCAGCUUUGAAUCACCUUCAGAAUAUGAAAAGAAAUUAUCUAUUCUAGCCAGUGCUAAAGCUCAAAACUAUACUAUGCCUUCGGAUACGAUAAAUUCCAACUUGGUUGUAUUACAGCAUAUUGGAUGUGGUGUUAUACCUGAUCACGUUUUGAAAUUGUUAACUGUGCUAGAAAAGAAAUUACAAAAAGGUUUAGUGUCAAUCUCAGAAUUACUUGGCAGUGAGAAGAUCGGGGGUAACAAGAACCUUGAUGACAUCAAAAUCGCUCAGUGGAUCGUUGGUGAUUUAAUUCAUAGUACAUCUGAUGAAACCCUACAAUCUUACAAUGGAAACAUAAAACGAACACUGAACAAAAGAUCUGUUUCGUCAUCACGUGAAGCUGGUUAUCUAGAAGAAGGUUCAGGAAUGGCCUCACUUCAUCAGUUUCCAAAACUUGACUAUCGAUCAUAUCUUGAACAUUCAGCUGCUGAUAUAACUCAUUCAAAUAUACCAAGAGUUAAAAAUUAUAUUACACCAAUAAAAACAACAGUUUAUCAAAUAUCUAAUAUUCAAAUACCACAGAACACUUUUCAUGAUCUACAAGAUGGUUUUACACAAAAUCUAAAACUCACCUUAUUUGCCUCAAAUCGAGAAAAUAUUUCCUAUAUUGAACUUAAGUCUAUGGAGAAUUUAAAUCAAGCUAUUGGUGGGGAAAUUACUCGUGAUGCAAAACAAUGGGUAUCGUUUGAUGCAAAGAACCAAAUUAUACGGUUAAAGCCAUUACCUGAGCAUGUUGGAAAUCAUACUUUUAUUAUCUGUGCAACAGAUCGUGAUCAGAAUAGAGCCUGCGAACCAUUCCAAAUAAUUGUGAAGAGACCAUCUCCUUUCCGAAAGAAUUUUAUCUUGCGUAUACCUCCAGGUGUAUUUUGGUGUUAUCAUAUACCAAUUUAUUGGUUUAAAGAACUUAAAAUACUCUCGUUUGACAAAUUAGAUCUAGAAGUUAAAGGCGAUUCACCAUUUUCAUGGAAUGUUCACACCGGAGAAGUAUGCAUAGUCAGUAGCUUGAAAAUGGAACAGAUAAUCACACUUUUUUUCCAUGCUACAAAUGCAAAACUUGCUCAAAGUGUUGAAAUUGAAUUCCGUCUAUCGGCUAAAGUACCACCAGUAGAACUUUUAGUAACUAACUCUAAACUACGCUUGAAAUUUUCAUGGCCAGCAAAGUCAACCAAUUAUGAACUUCAUGAGUUAAAUAAGAUUAAUUCAACUCUGGCUGAAACUCUGCAAAACCGUGUCAAUCCUGAAGUAACAUCAGAAAAGUUAUUCAUAUAUGAGAUAAUACAAUUUAAAAUGCCUCAAAAUGGAUCUGAGUCAGCAUUCUUUGAAUUGGAUUGGGUAUUUUUACCUUUGGGUUUACCAAAAGAAGGUGAAGAAUUAUUUCUUCUGUCAAAUGAAUCAAUUAUGAGCAAGCCUACUCAAAAUACAAAUUUAUUACAUAUUCCUGAAUCAAUGAACUUCUAUGCCCAGCCGAAUAGUAUCCCAAGACUGUCAAAAUUACUCAGUGAUUGUCAACUAUCUCAAUUGGACACGGUCGAGACAGUAUUACAAAAUAAGAAAAAUUCAUUUAAACCAUUCGUGCUGGAGUCGGUUAGUUUAUUAAAUUUAGAAAAUUCUGCUUGUUUUUUGGUUAAACGAAUAACAAAACAAUUAGAAGAGAAAGUAUACUCAUCAAAUUCUCAACAAUCAGGAACAAUAAGAUCUGAACUAAGUAGAUGGACAGAUAGUCAUUUGUAUAUGUCAUCCAAUCUACAAUUCAUGCCUAGUGUGGUACCGAAUUUUACUGUUACUGCAGGUUUACCUUUUAAGAAGUUUAUUAACCCAGAAAAUAUUACUCCAUCUAAGAGGAUUCAAUACAUGGAAUUAAGAGAUGCACAUGGACUGAUUUUAGAUGACUCGAAUUGGAUGAGUUUAACAUUGGACAAUCUACAUUUGAUCGGUCUACCGCUUAAUGAGCAUGUAAGAAAACAAGCCUAUUUAUUUAGGCUUCUUAUUCAUUCUGUUGAUCAAAAAACUCCAAUUGCUAUUGGUUUCACUGUAGAAGUACAAGACUGGUUUGAAAGUGUAAAACGAGACAAGUCUUUUCAGCAUAAUCAUCGUGUUCGUCUGCGUAUCCUGCCUCCAGUUCAAUCGCCCAGUAAUAGUCAAACAAUAGAAGUAUGGCCGGCUAGACCAGCUAAUUCACUAGAUUAUCGAUGGAAACUUUCCAGUGCUAUUGAUCAAUUUCUUCGACCUAACUGCCCUCCACCGUGUAAUCCAGAUGUGGGAAUAUGGCAAAUAACACAACAGAAUGUAAACAGUCUUUCUGUUACAUGGGCCCAACUUUCACUUCUCCUGGAACAAGGAAAACAAUCACCCUCUAAAUCAGAAGAAAUGAUGCCCACAUGUCCAUGGGAUAAAUUUGACUACUUACAGAAUCUACUUAUUUUUGCACCGACACUAGUAUCAGCUCAAAAAAAUCUAGGUCUUGUCACCGGUUUGGCUAAUGACGGCCAACUGUAUUUAUCGCCUUGGUCAGCACCUUCAAAUGCUUUCAGAGCUCAUAUAGAAUCAUCUGGACUUGGUAUAGUUGAAGCUGCUGUAGUCGAUCGUAUGGGUGGUUGUGCUCGACACUCGAAAUUUGAUGAUUCAGAUAUUACCGGUCAAUCAUUCCAAAACAAGCACGCUUCCUUUACAAACUUUGAAAGUGAAAAGAUUAUGAAUUUCACUGUGUUUACUGGUGAAGGUUUUCGACGGAAAAUAGUAGACGAUAAGAUAAUGGCCAAUAUGUCACGAGCAAGUGUUCAUCUUUAUGAUAUGGGUGGUAGACAAAUUGGUUCAUCACAUUGGAUAGGACUGGAAAAGGAUAAGUCAACUAUAUUUGGAAUUAUUAUUGGCAACUCUGUACAACCUUCAAGUCACAGAUUUCACAUAACUGAUAAUCCAGAAAAGAAUAUAGGCGUUCAAUUUUCUAUAUAUGUGGCUGGAUCUAACCCUCAAUUGCCGUCAACAUUUAAUCAUCGUGUAGUAAUGCACUUCAGUGCAGAUCAAAAUCGUCCAUGGACUGGGGGACAUAGUCUAGUGGAUAGAUGGAUUUUAAUCUCAGCUUUAGAUGAUUACCUUAGACCUCAUUGUAUGGGAAGUAUGAUAUGCCGAAAUGAUAUGGAUAUUAUUCUGCUUACAUUAAAUUAUCAUGCAUCUGGAUUUUCUGUAAUAUGGGCUCAAAAAUCAGUGCUUAUUCUUUCUGGAAGUGUAAAUACAAACAAAACAGCAGAAAUUGUCGAUUCAUACACUCAACAAGAAUACUGGAAUCAAUGGUCUAAAAAUAUUCAUCAAAAUGUAAAAAGGAGCAUUGACUACACUGAGACUAUUUCACUAUCAAAUGAAAAUUUUACAUGUGAAGAUUGUAAAUCUCUAAAUUUGUCUACUUCACCUAUUAAUUCACAUUUUAAACCUUCAAAUAAAAUGCAAAAAAGUCAUCAUAGAAAUAAACGUACAUUAUUUUCUACAACAGAUUGUCCUGAAAGAGAAAUAGCUAAAUUAGAAAAUCGUUUACUUGUUGAAAUAAGAAAAGAUUUACAACAUCCAUCGUUGAAUUUUGUCAAACACUUGAAAGAAGCUGGUGUUGGUCAACUAGAUGAAAUACAGAUUGAACGCCUUGGUCCUUGUGCUCGAAUACAACAAUCUCUACCAAUUUUCAUACCUGUGCCUGGAUUAGAAAGUACUCGAGAAGCUUUUGUUCCAAACUAUGGAAAAACAGGAGGAUAUGAUGAGUCUCUUCACUACAUGCCAUCUUCAUCAUCAUCAUCGUCGUCGUCGUUGUUUUCAUCAUCCUCAUCACUGUCGUCUUCUAUAUCUGACAGUCAAGAAGCAAACCGGCACAGAAUGAUUUUACUCGGGACUUUGCUACCAGUAUGCAUUUUACUUAUUAUAGUCUUAUUAGGCAUACUGGGAUUUGUAUGGUAUCGAAAACGUGGUAAAUCUUGUACAAAUGGAUUGACUUCUCAUCCAUCGUCUAUAAUAAAUAGUGGUCAUAGUGUUGUUAAUCCAGAAACUGAGAAAAUGUUAACAACAAUGAGCAGUCCAAAGAAAUCGACAAGUAAUGGUCGUCAAGCGAAAAUCAUAAACACAGGCAAUAUGAACAGUGGAAAUUUUGCAAAUUCUUCUUCUCAAAAAGGUUAUGCCUCUCCUAAACAGCCUAUGAUUCUAACCAAUGAAAGACCGCCUUUCAAACCACCUGACUAUAAUCCUGGUUUUACAGAUUCAACAGAUAGACUACCUAUGACUAAUUUAUCUCAAUCACAAAUGAAUAAUUUACAGCAAAUAUCACUUCAAAAUACUAAUGAAGCAAUAACACCUGGUAUGAUGGAUACAAGAAAUCAACCGAAAGCAAAUUAUGCUCUACGACCUAACCCGUAUAGAAAUCUGCCGCCACCAAUUGAAACAAAGCCUGGAAUGCCAUCACCUGCAUCACAAAUACCCUAUGCACCAUAUCGCAAGUUUAUGACAAUCCCUAAUCCCUCUGUUGAUCAGAAUCGAUAG